CUCUCUCUUUCCCUCUUCUCCAAUGGCUUCCUCUCCAAACGUCGCCGCCGCCACUCUCUUCCUCCUCCUCCUCAUCGCCCUCUUCUCCACCGCCGCUCACGGCCGUGAGAGCCACUUCUUCAGCAGAGUCGCCGCCAACACCAACCCCACUCCCACCACCGUCACCGUUUCUCCCGACUCCAAAACCCCCGCCGCCGCCAACAACGUAGAUCCUAACGCCGUCACUAACGGCCAGCAAUACCAACAGCAGCAGCAGCAGCCUUCCUUCGUCCAGGAAACGGAAAACAACGGCUACGGCAUCUACGGCCACCAGGCCCCCGAAGAAACGGCGUCGUUUGAUCAAACCGCGGCCACCACCAAGCUCACCUCUUCCCCGACCAACAGCUUCCGUCCCUAUAACCAACAGACCAAUAGCGACGAGACUUUCCGCAACGGAAAUGCCAACAACAACGAGAAGUACUACAACAACGACCGGUACUACGGCGAGAGCGGCUACAACGGCGCCAACAACAACGACGAGUUCUCCGACGAGGACCAGGAAAAGUUCGGCUACGAGAAGUCCGUCGCUAAUUCCGGCAGGGAGUUUGGAAACAGUGGUUACGAAAACACCCCCGUCGCUAAAAGGUACAAUUAUAACAACAACAACAACAACAACAACGGCAAGCAGCAGGGGAAUUUUGGAGAGACUAGCCUGCAACAGCAGGCCGAUAACACCGGCUACGAGACGGCCACCGCGGCGGCGAAUUCCGGCAGGGAGUUUCGAAACGGCGUGUUCGAGAACAACGCCGUCGCUAAAGGUUAUAACUACGACAACGAAAACAAUGGUGACGGGGUUGAGAGGCAGGGGAUGAGCGACACGAGGUACCUGGAAGGCGGGAAGUACUACGUCGAAGCGAAGAACCCGAAUCAAUACCAAGGGAUGAGCGGCAGCAGAAAUGAUUUCAAUUACAACAACAAUGUGAAGAAUGAUCGGAAUGGUUACUAUAGCAACGGAAUCAAUGGCGACCACGGCGACUCGUACGAGUAUUAUGCCAAUCGCAUGAACAACAGGAACCAGAACCAGCAGCAGCCAGAGUACUUCCAGGGGAACAACUACCAGAACCAGCAGUCGAAUCGAACACCUUGAAGUUACGACAUUGUUGUUCGUGGUACUAGGUAGCUUCUCUGUUGCAGCAAGAACAGAGUGGUGGGGGGGGGUUGAGUUUUAGUAACUCCAUUGCACGUAGAGCUGCAGAGAAUAAUAAGAGGUAGGGAAUGAAUUUGGCGUACCCUCGAGUUGCCCUGUUUUGGAGGGCAACCAACUGUAAUCAAUUCAUUUCACUUGAGUUGUCCUUGUUUAAUUAUUGUGCUGGAAAAUUUAAAAUUUGCCAGCUACAUCCAGCUAUAUGAGUAAAAGAAAGUGACUAAGGUAAUUAUUGGUGCCACACAUUAUCUGUUUGAUUAUUGAUUUAGUAAC